CGGUACCGUUAUGUAGUUUUUUUUUUAUUUUUAUAAAUAAAUUGUACAGUUUGAUGAUUGGUGAUUUUAUUUUUCCCACCAUAAUUCAACUAUUUAAUAAUAAAAACAGACUGGCCUUAUAAAUAAAAUAAAAAUAAAAAAUAAAAUGUCUUCAGUCAAAGCCGAGUUCAAUAACUUUCUAGAAACUCCCAAAGUUUGUCCAAAUACAUCUUUCGAGUCCUUCUAUUCUUCAUUAAAUGAUAAAAAUUCUUCCAACAAUCAAGUUUGUUAUAAAAAGAAACAACAAAACUUUGUUACUACUUUAUUUUAUUUGCAGAAAUCAGAAAAUUUAAUUUGGUGCAAUGAAUAUUCAAAUGAUAUUCUAGCUUCGUUGAAAGAGUCUGAAAAACGUCGUCGUAAAAUUGAUUACAAGUCCAGACAGACAUCACAUAGACCUAUUCUAUUAAUGUUAAUGGAAAUCGCAGCUUCUCGCUUAUCAUUGAGCCGAACAACACUCCAUCUAGUUAGAGCAUUUGAAAUUUUAGGUGUUUACCUCUUGGAUGGAUUCAUGGACACCUAUACAAUUUCUCUAGAAAAAUUGAAUGCAUCUGCAUUGAUGUGUCUCCUUAUAGCUGCUAAAAUCGAAGAAGCUGAUCUCAAUAUUCCAAAGUUUGCACAAUUAAAUGAUCUUGUUGGUGGAGUCUAUUCGAAUCAAGAUUUCAAAGUAGUUGAGAAAAAGAUCAUUUCAACUUUCGAAUAUGAUUUCCUUUAUCCAACUGCGGCGGCUUUUGUCGAAAGCUAUUCCAACCAGUUGAUUUCCUAUCAAGACUAUCUGUGCCAUCAAAUUCAUCGUUCAAAUACACGCUCAAGUGUAUUUUCAACUUAUGAUUUAAUGAUGCAGGACAGCACAGAAGUUCUCUUCAACGUAUUGGACAUCUCGUUACAUGAUAAAAGACUUGUAAAUUAUACACCCUCGGUAGUGGGUGCAGCUUGUUUGGCUGCAACGCGUUCUAUAAAAAAAAUUCAGCCGGUCUGGACAGAGAGGCUCAUUCAAUUGACUGGUUAUAAUUUUGAGAAAAUCGAACCAUACGCAGAGGUUUUGGAAUUAUUGUAUUUGUCACAUCAUGCCCAAAAGCCAGAAAACAUUUGCGAUAGUCCGGAUUCUGGGAUCGCUUCCGAUCGCAAAUCGGACUCAGAUUCAGAAGAAGAUGAUUAUGAUGUGGUCGAAUAUCAUCCGGCUGUAAAACGGCGUAGGAUAUUUGAGUAAGAAUAAAUAUGAUCAUUUCUCCUCCUCUCAUUGUAAAAUAAGAUUUUUUUUUUGUUGUUAAAAUUAAAAAAAAAAAGAAAACAAAAUUAAAAACAAUUUAAAUUGUUAUGUAAAAGAUGCUAUUUUUGAAAAAUACAAAGUUUAUUUAUUUUCAAAAACAAA